CAGCCAUCCAACCAACCAACCUCUUUGACUAACCCAUCCACCCCAAAAUGAGAGUAAACUUCUUCCGAUGAUCUUAUUGACCACCCUCCUACUGACUGAUUGCCCCUCUCGCCAUUAUUAAAUUAGAAAAUUAAAACAAUUGAUAAUUUGAUCACCAACACAGGUUGUAUACUACUUAAAUCCUGUGUGUGUGUGUGUAUAUAUACAUUAAAAUACAUAUAUUAUUGGUUGUUUUAUGCUUAAAUCACACAAUUUAUCAUCACUUUCUCCCAAGCUUAUCUCUUUUCAUCAGAGGUGGUGGUCCAACGCAAGAAUGGCGCCUCCUCCGAUUUUAUCCUUAGCUUUACCUUCUGAAACGGGUCGGGUUCUUAGUAUCCAGUCUCACACUGUUCAGGGUUAUGUUGGCAACAAGUCAGCUGUCUUUCCGCUUCAACUAUUGGGAUAUGAUGUUGAUCCGAUUAUGUCGGUGCAAUUCUCAAACCAUACAGGUUACCCCACUUUUAAGGGCCAAGUUCUGAACGGGAAACAACUCUGGGAGUUGAUACAAGGCCUGGAAGCCAAUAAUCUAUUAUACUACACACAUCUAUUAACAGGUUACAUUGGUUCAGUUUCUUUCCUAGACAAUGUAUUAGAAGUCGUUAAGAAGCUUCGCUCCAUCAAUCCUACACUUACAUAUGUUUGUGAUCCAGUUAUGGGUGAUGAAGGAAAGCUGUAUGUCCCUCCAGAAUUGGUAUCAGUAUAUCGUGAAAAGGUUGUCCCACUUGCUUCAAUGUUGACUCCUAAUCAGUUUGAAGCUGAACAAUUGACUGGAUUCAGAAUUGCAACUGAGCAAGAUGGGCGGGAAGCAUGCAGGCAUCUUCAUGCUGCUGGUCCAUCAAAGGUUGUGAUAACAAGCAUAUACAUAAAUGGCAAUCUUCUUCUGAUUGGAAGUCAUCAGAAAGAAAAGGGUCAAGCUCCAGUGCAAUUCAAGAUUGUGAUCCCUAAAAUCCCUGCAUAUUUCACGGGGACAGGAGACUUAAUGACUGCAUUAUUACUUGGAUGGAGCAAUAAAUAUCCUCACAACCUUGACAAAGCAGCAGAGCUUGCUGUAUCAAGCUUACAGGCAGUUCUGAGUAGAACCUUGAAGGAUUAUGAGAAGGCAGGGUAUGAUCCGCAAACAAGCAGCUUGGAGAUUAGAUUAAUUCAAAGUCAGGAUGAUAUUCGAAACCCAGAAAUUAAAUACAAUUCGCAGCUAUACGAUUAAUUUGUUGUACAAUUAAGUUUCAUAUGAUCACAGUGCUUAAAACUUCUCAUAUACAAGGGCCAUGUGGCUACAUUUUCUGUAAUGGUAUAGGUUUCUCUCUCUAUUUCAAACAAGAAUUUAUAUAUAGUUUCAAGUCAUAGUGGAAUAUACUAUCCUACCAUUAUUUAUAA